AUGGCAGUCUGUAAUGUUUGCUCAGAUGUUUUAUUCGAAAUCUUAUCGAGAGUGGAGUUGAAGACCCUGAGGAAGUGUAGACUUCUCUCAAGGGAAUGCAACAGUCUCACCUAUGAAUCGAGUUUCAUUCGGCUUCACUGUCAGAGAACGAAGACAAUAGCCGGAUAUUUUAUUCAAAGCUUGAGAAGCAAUUGGUACCAUUCAACAUUUUUGUCCAUAGAUAAUCCAGGUCUUGAUCCCAUGUUAAGCCUUGAUUUUCUACCUGGUCGACGCCCUGUGAAGAUCCUGGCUACUGCUGACCAAGGUCUGAUGUUUUGCGUAAGCCAAUUUCCAGAAAACCACUAUUAUAUUUGUAAGCCUAGUACCAAGCAAUGGGAAACUAUACCAAGUCCAAAUCCUGGAUAUUUCACUAGAAAGAUUGCCAUGGUGGAGCUUCGGUCAGACCCUUUGCUGUUCAAAAUAGUGCGACUUUCAGAUGGUGAGAACAGGGAUUCGGAAUCGGAGACUGAACUCGAUUACGAUUACAAACACUUCCAAUGUGAGAUUUUUAAUUCAAAUACUUGGGCUUGGAAGCGACUAAAUGACUUAAUGUUGUCCUAUGACGAGUAUUUCAACACCAAGCCUGCCAUAUCUGCAUAUGGUGGCCUGCAUUGGCUUACUUCCAACAAAGACAAAAAUAACAUACUAUCUUUUCAUGAAAAUAAAGAGAGUUGGGAGUUGGUUCCACUGCCGGACUCACUCUGCCAAAUAGAUUACAAGUAUUCUGUCAACCUUGCACAAUACGAAGGGAAGUUGGCACUAAUAUGUGUCAGAUGCGAUUCUGAUUUGUUGGAGUUAUGGAUCAUCAAAGACUUUUACGGUAAAAAGCUUUGGACAAAACGAUUCACAGUAAAUUUGCAAGCCUUUAAAGAAGAAAUUGGUCAUUCCUCAGCUUAUUCUUUCUAUAAUAAAGAUACUUUACUUAUGACCGAAGCAUUCGGCACAAUAUUUUAUAAUUUCAAGAAUGGUCAAUAUGAUCGACUCAAACUUGGAUCGAAACACAUGAAUAUCGAAUCAGCUUUUUUUGUUCAAACAAAUUAUGAGCCAAUUCAGCUGAGACGUCCAAAAAAAGACUUCUUAUUCAGCAUUGUUCCAGCCCCUAUCUUCUUAGUAUUUUGCCCACACAAGGAAGGACAGCGAGUGAAUAGGGGAAAUUUGUUUGAUAUGAUUCUUCUAGCCGUUGAAGUAUUAAUGCUUGUUUCCUUUUAG